UCUAUCACCACCUCCAAAAAGGUAUCGUAGCGACUGCCCCCCGCUCGCGUUUAUUUCCCAGUGUCAGGGCGCCGGUAUCCAAGCAACAGCGCCAGCGCACAUACAUGGGGACACUGUGCAGCUGGGUCGCAGAACAUCGCAUCGCCUGGUAAAGCGACUCAUGGGGAACCGAGAGGGCACCGAGCAGCAGCUCUUGGGUGCGGGAUUGGGAGGAGAGAAAGCGCAUCCCUCUCACAUACAAUGAGGCAGAGGCGCAGCUGUAGGAGUAAUAACUCUGCUCAUGUACAAUGGGAGACUGGCUGCUCUGCGCGACCCUAUCGCUGCUGGAGGUUAAGGCACCAAGAGCGGCAUUAGGGAGGCUUCAGUGAUCAGCUCGCCGGAGAUCUGACAGGGGAGAGCGACCAGUGCUGCUGUCAUGUUCCCUUGGCCGGUAAAGUUGCUCCCGAUCUGCUCGCGUUGGCCGGCGGCUUCCACUUUCUCCAGUCUUCCCGGAGCUGGAGUGACUUGCAGAGAAUUGUGAGGUCAGCAUGAUUGCCACAGGAGGUCUUUUAAGGAUCUCCGCUCGGAAACAGGACCCUCUCAGGCAAAAAUCACAAACUCCAAAACGAAAGCGGAAAGCAAAAAAGAAACGCAAGAAUGAUGUGGUUGUAGUAAAAGGCAAGCUUAAACUUUGCUCUGUGUCUGGAUUAAUUGCUCUUUGUGGAAUUUUAGUUCUUCUAGUUGGGAUUGCUAUGGCGGUUAUGGGUUACUGGCCAAAAAGUAACUCAGUUUAUAACGGAGGCAUAGGGUCAAAUCAAGCCAAAUAUGCUUCAGGUGAUACAAAUAAGAUUGCAAAUGGAAAUCAAUCCCGGAGCCAUCAGAGCAGUAAUGGAUACAAUCAGGACACCUUUAAAGCAAGUGACCAUAAUAUUAGCAGAAGUCUGCAGCAUAAAACAUCACCAGGUUUUUUUGCUGGCCUGUUUUCUGGAUACUUGCAUUCAGAUAAUCUUAAAGUUUUUGGACCUCUAAUAAUGGGCAUUGGAAUAUUUCUUUUUAUAUGCGCGAAUGCUGUUCUUCAUGAAAACAGAGACAAGAAAACUAAGAUCAUUAAUUUAAGAGACCUCUAUUCUACAGUGAUUGAUGUUCAUGGCCUAAAAUGCAAAGAUGGGACUCCAUUAAAUGGUUUUGUGAACUAUGUUCAGUCUCGGAGCAUAGACAUUAAAAGUGGGGAUAGCUUUGGGGCUGCCAUGCUGGCUAAGAGUUCCUGGCAUUCUGCUCUUGGAAGUUCCAUUACUUUUUCACCUCCAAAUCUAAGAGAAACAAGGACGUCAUCCCCUAAGGCUUGUCGUCAGCCACUGGAACCACCAGAUUUGGAUGAUGCAGUAUAUAGUAUUUACAGAGAGCGCUCAGCAUCUGCUUUGCCCUUUGACAGUGUUUCAGGGAGAGAAGGGGAAAAGGAUCCCCUCUCAUUUUCACCAGAGAAAGGAUGGAGUAGGAGCAGCACUUGCUCAAUCGUUGGUUCUUCGCUUAGUGCAUUUACACUGCCCAUUGUCAAGCUAGAUAGAUGCCUUUUGGAAAAGAAAGGAGAAGAUACAUUAGAAAAUAAAAGUGCCAAAGACUUAGAUAAAGAGGAAAUACAAUUGAGUUUGACCAACCUUAGCCAUGCAGACUUGAACUGGGAAAUUCCCAAGAACAAUAAAAAAUUACUCUUACGACGGCAGAGCACAAGCUGUCUACCUGACUUCAGAAGACCUAUAUCGCCUGGGCUUUUGUCAGAUUUGGGUAGCCAGUCUCUAAGUAGCACAGACCUAGACUGCAGCUUUCUGGUAAAAGCUUCUCCGUGUGGCAAAACAAAACCAGUGAUUCUUACUGAUUCUCUCCCUACAGCUUCAUUAAUGAGAAGAAACUCUCAGAGUUCAGAAUCAGACCAAUCAAGCAAUAAGGGCUACAUUCACCUUGAGGAGGCAGGAACCUCCUUUGAGUCAAUAGACACUGCAAACAAUAAAAUUCAAGACUGUGAAGAACCCCAAACAACCCUUACGGACACAGGCACAAAUGAAUCUUUGGAAGAGACCAAUCAGGAACAAAACGUAGAAAUCCUGCAGAAGCAGUAUACCAAUAAAGAAAAACUGUUGAUGGUCUCCAGAUCUCAUGUUAAUUUGGGUGAAAAUGAUUUAAAUGUUACGAGCAUAUAAGGCACAAGGAAAAUUAGUUGAGAAGGUUAUUCAGUCUUUCACCUUCAUGUUGUUUCCUUAACAUACUGUAUUUCUAAAUUGCCAAUAUCCAAAGGUCUACACAGGUUCAACAAUUACAAUGGUAUUGGUUCGUAACUAAGAGAGAGUCACUUUAGCAACUUAUUUUGAUUGUAUGUAUACGUCUGACCAAACGUCAAGCUAUAGUUAAUGCAGGUCCUAACACUUCAAAAAUGGUAUGAUAGAUUAUUUUGACAAUACUGUGCACUUUCAUUCUGAGUUUCAGUACAAUUUUUCUGCUGAUGGCAUGACAGUUAUCGCUUUGUUAUGGCUCUUUGGUUUGGCUUUCCAAACAUGAAAUCAGCAAGACUGCCUUGCAACUAUAUAAACUGAAUGAUUUUUAUUUUUAUGAUAAGAUAAUUUAAUGACUGUACAUUUAAGAAUUAGCUAACAAAGUAUUCAAACACAUUUUAAAAUGACCCCCGAUUUGGUCUAUUGAAGGGGGGGGGGGACUGUUAGAAUUACUGUUAAAAUAUGUAUUUGAGUGUUUAUGGACAUUAAUAAAAAAUAGCAAUCAAAAUCAAUUAAAAAAUCUUAUAUUACUUCCAAAUGAUCAAGUUUUAGGGUGAUACCAUUUAAGCAAAGGGCCUAGCUUUGGUGCCAUUUAAUGAAAAAUAUCCUUUUAGUAUUUAUUUAUUAACAGCAUGCAAAUGAUGUUGCAUACAACAGCAGAAUAUUGCAUUGAGGAGUGAGCUAUUGCUGGUUACAAUAGACUUGAUUUUAUAGGAAUGGAAAACAAGUAGAUUGCAUGAUAAAAAUCUAUAUUUUAAUAUUUCUCAAGAAUAGAUAUAGAAAACAGUUUUCAUUUUCAGCCUCAGAAUAUAUAAUAACAUUGUUUUUAGCAGAGGUAAUUAUUUUCAUCAAAGUACAAACCCAUUAUUGAAACAAAUAUCCAAUUUAUUUUGCCUCCUUUCCUAUCUAGAUGUGUUAUUACAACAGUGCAUUAAAUGAACAUACACAAUGGUUAUUUUAUUUCAAUUAUAAACCUGCUCUUUUUAACAACCCAGCUUCCAUCUGGGAAUAUAACACAGGCUUUGGCUUAUUCUUGGAGGAGGUCAAUUGAUGUGGGUUGGUAAAUGCAGCCUCUUCUAUUAGAGCAUUGCAGGCAGUAACAGUGGCUUCCCAUCAGUAUUAUUAUCAUUAGAGUCAGCAUAGAGGUUCACUUGUUUGGCAGUGCAAAAUGUAAUAGGGGAAGAGUUUUUACCACAUUUUGACAGUUCAUGAUAUUACAUAUUCAUGUAAGAGUUUGGGAUGUAACACUUCAGAAGAAUAUUGAAUAGUGGGGAAUGGGGCACUUAUUAAGAGUUAAUGCAAAAAAGCUGACAAAAUAAACCCAACCUACCACCCACAAACAUGCUAAUAUGGAUCUGACCUCUUAGCCAGGCUCAUUGAUAAAAAACCAAGCAAAAAAAUAUUUACACUUUAAUUUAAUCUGUUAAAAUAGAAUGAAAGCUUAAAAAAGGAAUAUGGCUACCAGCUAUCUCUACCAGCCCAAAGGUUCAGAAGUCCAAUAACUGUAAUGAUCCAUGUUUCAAAGCUUAUUAGGCCAUCUUUUGAGAGUCAGUGGCACUACACAUGCUCAGUGUUCUCUGGACUGCUAAGCUUACGGAUCUUUGGAAAUCAUGUAUCUUAAGCAGAAAGUGAGGUAAUAUUUGUCAUAGAAACGGUUGAUACUGAUUCGUACUCAGAUUUAUUACAAAAUGCACUGGUUUUAUGUAACCAUCAUCUAAAUUAAAAUAAAUUAAACUUAAUUACUAAUCAGCCUUGGUUCAUGGAUUAUAUAUUGUAUAUACACACUGCAUGUGAUUCGGAGCCUUAACAGAGUGUCCCAGAUCUUUAUUGCAUAAGGUCUUUGGUGGCCUUGGGCUGGUAUCUUAAUUAUAUUUUGAGCUUUAGUUCUCCCUACACAUAUUUUUGUUAACUGUCCCUUAAGUGUUUUGCUGCUAUAACAUAUAAUAUUGAGUAACUAUUUUCUUUAAAUUUGGUUAUCAGCUCUUUAAUUCUAUUUUGUAAGCUUGAUAACAAACUCUUUCUUUAUGACUAAUGUUUUUCACAACAUGGUAUAUUUAUGCCUUUGUCCGAGAAUGUUAAUGGCUGCACAUAACGGAAGCCUAGGCAUUAUGAAACAUGUUGCAUGUUAUGUAAUAGGAUGUCAGGGGCAGCACAGAGAAUGCAGACAGCAUGCAGUUCUAAUAUUAUCAUCCAGCAAGGGAGAGCUACAGUAUAAUUAUUUAUGUUUAAUUGCUAAAAAUAAUAGUUAACAUCUCUAAGAACAGGGUAUUCAUGCUAGCAAUGAAAAAGAUCUCUAAACAGCCUGAGCCUGGUGAUUUAGAAUAUAUCUCAGCUGUUGAUACAGAAUUCCAUAACUGCAUUUUUCUGCCAGAAAAUCUGCAUCUUGACUAAAUCCUACUUUUCAUUUCUCUUGUGUUCAACAGUAGUUUGAAUAUCAUUUUAGCUUGUGUUUGGAAGAACAUUCUUGACAGUAGCUAAUAACCAUAUUUAUGGUUCCAGAAUAUGGUUGUGAAAGAUGAGGCAUCUAGCUUUUACUGAACUACAUAUCCUGGCACCCAGUAUUUUCUAGGAUGUUAUAAAUUACAACUUAUAAGAACUAAAUAAUGCAAUGAUAGUUAAUGAAGUGCAUUCACCUUAUAGUAGAACUAAAGCCUAAAAAGAUUAUGGCUAGAAAUGCUGCAUUUGAUAUAUUGAACUUUCUGUAUUGGCCCAGAGGUUCAGCUGCCCUAACAACAACCCAUAUCUCCAAAGUUGUAGAGAGGGACAUAACUACAGAGUAAGGGGGGGGGGGCAGAAGUGUAUAGGGCCCAGUAAGGCCUUAAAUAAUUAGCAAUUUCAAUAUAUCUUGGAAGAAUGUGCCAACUUUCCAAUGUUUUGGGCUUCUAAACUGAGUGUGCUGUGUGACCCGAUAACAUCUAGUUACACUACUGGUUUUAGACCCUGUAUAUUUUGAGUUGACCCCUAAACUCAUGCAUCUGACAGUAGCCCAGAGCAUGUGCUGUAAAUCAGCAAGAAAGAAGCGAAGUUACUGGGGACAUAGAUCUUCACUGCUACAUGGCUGUUGUAAAGUGUAGCAUUUCCUGCCUAUUUUUUUGUUGAGCUUUAGUUUUCCUUUAAAGAAAAUCUGAAGCAGCUAUCACUGCAUACUCAUUCCAUUUAAAUUACAAUAAAACUGCCAAAAUAAAAAAAAAAUCCUGUUUCUCCAAGACAGAAUAGGCCAAGGCAGUCUGUUUAGGCAACCGUUAUCCUUUGCUAAAUAUUGGCAUAAUACACAGUUACAUUGCAUGACUGUUUCAAAUGCCACUGCCUAUGUAAAGAUAUAUUCCAUAGCAUAUACAAGUGAGAAUCUGUUUAAUGCCAGCUGAAGCCUUAUUAAAACUGAAUUAUCUUUUGAUUCAGAAAUAUCUUCCUUUAAAGACAAUAUAUAUAAAUAUACAUGUAUUUCAUGAUUAUAGAGGAGUGUUUAGGAUUUUUCAUAUUGUACAUUAGCGCAAAAAACAUAUUUUGAUUAUAAUAACAGAAGUACAUAUGUUACCGUUUUCACCUUUACCUUUUAAAAAACCUUGGAAACUGCUACGUAAUGCAAAGCCCAAGCUAUGGAAAGAGACAUUUUAAGCAACAAUAAGAGCACCUGUGUCCUUUCUAUGGCAACAUUUAGUUUAUUGCAGCGUGCUUAAAAAGGUUGAUCCAUUUGAGAGCUCCUUCCAGUCUGUAGCUUGGUGCCUUUGCUAUAAUACUAUUAUAAAGAAUUCUACUUAGACAUUCUAUAAAAACAUUGAUUUUUACUAUAUAUUUAAGACAAAUACACAAUUAUAUGUCAUGAAAUUUGAAAAGCAAUAUUUUAUUUACCUGCCAGGCACACAUUUAGUGCAUAUAGUGCAAAAUUGUAAUGCUUAAUUCAGUACCUGGCCUUUUAAGAACUCCUGGACAAACCUAUACUAGUCAAUAUCGGAGUCUUUAACUGUAUUUAAUCACUUUGAUUUAAAAUUUGUAGUAAAUAGAAGCCCAUAUAUUUGUGAAGAACUCAAAAAGAGUAAAAACUUCUGAAUUUUAGAUACUUUUAGAAUGGUUAACUUGUGUCCCCAUAUGCUUAAUAUCACAGAUGUUCAUUAUAUAAUAAUACCUGAGUAUUAAACAUGCAGUAAAGCCAAUUUACUGUCCUGUAAAGUAGUUUGUUGUAGUUUAGGAUGGCUAAUGUUGAUUUUACUCAAUUACCUUUAUACCUGAUGUUUUUUGUUUUUAAUUAUUUGUACCUAUAGGAAACUGCCCUUCGGGUCUCACUCACAUGGAAAACUUUACUGUUGUCAGAAAGGGGUUCCACUACCUCUGCCUAGUUAGAACUACCAAUUUGUCAGUGUAAAUUAGCCCUUAGCCAAAGCCAUGGAAUUGUGCAUAGGAUCUUUGGUUCUAGGUAUUAAUAUUGCUCCAAAUUUAAAAGAAAGAGUUUUCAGAACAAAACUGGUUUUUGAGAUGUACGGAACAAAAUGUAAUCAUUUAUUAGCAUAUCGAAUCAUGUUUGCAAAAUUGUAUCACUAUAAAGGAUGCUUUGUCAGAGGGAAUACUGUGUUGUUAAUGUAAAAUAUAAAUCUGUUGGUAUCUCUAUAUCUGUCUCUGUUUAACGUGUAUUUUCUUUUCAGGGCAAAAAUAGCAGGUAUAUCACUGUUUCCGUUAUACUCCUAUUCAUUUUAUGACUUUACAUUUGCAAAGAACCAAAAUGUGACAAGACAAAUAACCCAUAGACCAAUGUGAUCUUCUUAUCAAAAACUGAUUUGCCUUAAAUUUGUCCCACACAUAUUUGAUUUUUUUUUUUUACUGUAUAAGACUCUGCCAUGCCAUCUGGAAGGGUGUGCCAUCUAUCUAUGACCUCUCGGUACCUUGUUUACUAUUCAGUUAUGCUUCCUCCAAAGUCACAUUGAUGCCAUAGUCUACUGAGGACAGAUUUUAAUGAAUUCCCUUGAUAUCUGUCACAACAGAUAUCAACAUCCAUUCCCUUUUUUGUGUGGCUUAAAGAAGUGGCAUAAAGGUGAGCUGCAGAAAAAUAUAUAUUUUAGUAUCAGAUUGCCAACUUGGGUGUUCAAUAACUUAUAUAGGAUACUGUAUAGAGCAACCAAUUCUCACUGUAACUAUUGGAGAGCAUUCAGAAUGAUGAAAAAAAAUGUAUUAUUUUGUAAGAAUGAUAAGAAUAAUGAAAAUGUCUGUACAUGUAACAUAUAACUAUAUUGCUGUGUGAUCUUGGUUGCAAGCUCAAUUUGGAAAGUGGCAGGCAAACAAUUUCAUUCAUUUUUGGUUUAUGCGGGGUAACAAAGACUGCAAUGUUGUAUGCACAUUUCUCAUGAAUAUAAUGACUAAAAUUGUUGAAUAACGUACACCAAUUAUUCAUAAUAUGUUUGGCACAGCAAUUCCUCCCUGUAAUACAACCUGGCAACACUGAUGGUGUUUUAGUAAUGAAAGAGAUCUCUAAACAGCCUAAGCCUGGUGCUUUAGAAUAGUUCUCAGCUGUUGAUACAGAAUUCCAUAAAUUUAGCAUGCAUUUUUCUGUUGGAAAAUCUGCAUCGUGAAUAAAUCCUACCUUUUUCAUUUC